ACUUAUACAACGUGUAAUACUACAACGAGAGUACAGCCGUACAGGACAAAGUUUCGAUGAUAGUAAUUAGUAAUAUAUUAUAUAUUAGAAUAAUAUCAUAUGACUUGUCGUUUAUGUUACUGAAAUUGUUCUUUUUUAAGAAGUUACAUAUAAAUAUUUUAAUGAAAAAUGGGAAAUAAUAUAUUUCCUAACGAUAUAUUAAUAAUCGUUACAUUAAUCGCCGCAUGCAUUUUUAACACAUCAUCAGAAGAUGUGAUAAGAAAUCUUGACUUAAACGAAGGUGAUAUAUGUCUUAGAACCCUAGAAGAAGAUUAUGUGUGUACUCAUGCAAGAGAUUGUGAAGCUUUCGAUCAAAGUAUUAUAACUCGUAAUUAUCUUGAUAUAUGUGAGUUCAUUGAUUUAGAACCUAUAGUUUGCUGUCCACCGGCGUAUAAUGAACAGUUAACAGAAAUACCAAAAACUUCAACGAUUGUCGAUCAAAAAUGUUAUCAAUAUUGGCACCAGUUAUUUUCAAAUGUCGUUUUUCCUGCAGCUGUGGGUGGUACACCGGUAAAAGAAAAAGAGUUUCCGCACAUGGCGCUAAUAGGAUAUGGUGACACCACAGAAUAUGGAGACGAUUGGAGAUGUGGAGGUUCACUGAUUAGUGAAAGGUGGAUAUUGACUGCAGCGCAUUGUCAAAAACAUGGUUCUUCGAAUAUGGCUCAAUGGGUCCGACUCGGUGUUAUAGACAGAGUCGUUACAGAAGACAGUGUUGUUCAGCCUAAGGACUAUCGAAUAGUGCAGCAUGUUAUACAUCCCGGUUAUAAACCACCUUCGCUUUACAACGAUAUAGCUCUAUUCCGGUUGGAAAGGAAUGUAGAAUUUUCUGAUGCAGUGCAACCAAUUUGUCUUAACUCGGAUCCGUCUAUUACACCUUUAAAACAGAUAUUAACUGGUUGGGGUAGAAUUUCAACAGCUGGGCCAGUAAGUGACAAUUUGUUAAAAGUAGAAUUGGAUAUUUACCCAAUAAACCAGUGUAACGAAAGUUAUUUUUCAAAUAAUAAUCCAAAAUUAAAAUUUGGCAUAUUACCUGAUAGUAUGAUAUGCGCGGGUUCGUUUGAUGGCGAAAAAGACAGUUGUUCGGGUGAUUCAGGAGGUCCACUUCAAUUAGAACAUGAAAAUUAUAAACGAAUGUAUAUUCAAUACGGGGUUACGUCGUUUGGGAAAUUUUGUGGUGACAAGGAUACCCCCGGAAUUUAUACUAAAGUAGCUAAUUAUAUUUCAUGGAUUGAAGAAAUAGCAUUUUCAAAUAACUGAGAAUAUUUAAUAUAAGUUAAUCAAAUUAAAUAAUCGAUUUAAUAUAUUAUUUUUAUUGUGUAACAAAUAACAAAUAUAUCCUGCAAGCUACAAUGCCAAUAUCCUUAAAUUUGUUUAAAAUGAAAUAGGUACCUUCUUCGGAAGUAAGUCCAACUUCUGGGCAUCAAUUCUGAUAAUUUUUAAAGUCCACUAAUAUUACAUUUUCAAUAAUCUGUUUGAAUCGUAAUUAUAUUAACAUUCUUCUCACUUGGUUUCACACUUGAUAGUUAAUUAAAUAAAAGUUAUUUCUAAAUCACUCGCUGCUCUAAGUCAAGUGUUUCCAGCUCACGGACCGUGGGUAGGUUUUCAUGCGGCUCUCAUUGACCUUACUUCAAUUUUAAGACCAUAAAUUAAUAUUAAAUAUCACGAGAAAAAAUUAUUUUAAUUAAAUACGGUAUUAUUAUUAAAGCGUAUGUCUAUACCUUUCACAAAAGGUUGUACAUCUCUGCUGUAAGUAAACGUCAAUGUAGCUUGUCAACAAUUAUAAACAAUUAUACAUUA